AAGAAAAGCGAUAGACGAGUUGAAGCAUUGCCACCAAAAACCUUUGCGAAUGCUUAUGUCAAGAAAUAAAGUGGAUUUCCGUGAAUUUCUCUUUCAAAUUUGGUAUGCAGCAGAUUGUGAUUAUUUUGUUGUUGGCACUCUCUCCAGCUGUUCAGGCUCUGGACAAUGGGCUAAUGAGGACCCCACCUAUGGGCUGGAUGGCAUGGGAACGGUUCCGCUGUAACAUUGACUGUGACAAUGAUUCUCAAAAUUGCAUUAGUGAGGUGCUGUUCAGGGACAUGGCAGACCGACUGGCUGAGGAUGGCUGGAGGGAGCUCGGAUAUGUCUAUGUUAGUAUUGAUGACUGCUGGACAUUGAAGAACAGAGAUGCACAAGGACGACUGCAGGCAGAUCCAAAGAGGUUCCCAAGUGGCAUUGCUAAAUUGGCACGCUAUGUCCAUGACCGAGGGCUGAAGCUGGGCAUUUAUGGUGACUUGGGAACUUACACUUGUGCAGGAUACCCCGGCACAACCCUGGAUAAAAUUGAGAUCGAUGCUCAGACCUUUGCAGAAUGGGAAGUUGACAUGCUUAAACUGGAUGGCUGCGCCUCCAACUUCACUGAACAGGAGCAGGGCUUUCCACCUAUGUCAAAAGCACUUAAUGCCACGGGCCAUCAGAUCGGCUAUUCCUGCGUUUGGCCUUUAUAUCAGGGUGGGCUUCCUCCUAAAGUAAAUUACACUCUAACUGGUGAGGUCUGUAACAUGUGGCGUAAUUACAAGGAUAUUGAGGACUCAUGGGACAGCAUCCUGAGCACUGUCGACUGGUUUACAGAACACCAGGAUAUCCUGCAACCUGUUGCUGGACCAGGGCGCUGGAAUGACCCAGACAUGUUGGUAAUAGGAAAUUUUGGCCUCAACAUGGACCAGUCUCGUUCUCAGAUGGCAUUGUGGGCAAUUAUGGCCGCUCCUCUUUUUAUGUCGAAUGACCUGCGGACCUUAAACAGUGGGGCGCGUGCUAUUCUGCAGAACAGAGCUGUCAUCUCCAUCAACCAGGACCCCUUGGGCAUUCAGGGACGACGCCUGAAAAAGGAGGAAAGUGGUAUCGAGGUGUUCUGGCGUCCUUUGUCUAACAAAGCAAGUGCCUUGGUGUUCUUCAGCAAAAACACUGAUAUUCCAUACCGCUAUCAGACAUCUCUAAAGGUGCUUGAAUAUACACCUGGCAGCUAUCAGGUGUACGACGUGUUCAUGGAGAAGGCCAUGCCUACACUGAAGGACACCACUGAGUUUGUUGUCUCCAUCAAUCCCUCAGGAGUGGUUAUGUGGCAUGUUACUCCAUUAGCAGAGUGACAGCAGCCCAACGUUUAUCAAGUGAAUAGCAAAUCUAAUUCUUUUGUUGGGUAA